AUGCUAAGAAAUGUUCGUGAUUUUGUGCGAAAUGUGCUAAGGAAAGCAAAACAAGUAAAAAAUAUUAGGAUGGAUGUGUUUAUAUCCGCGCCAUCUGAUUCAGCUGGUGUCGUCGAUGGUGAACCUGUUAGAAAAAGCAGAAGAAAAGAAUAUUCCUAUGCAUUGCUGCUAGCAUAUCAAGGCAAGAAGUACAACGGUAUGCAGGUACAAAAAAAUUUCCCCACAAUUGAGGGCGAAUUGUUCAAAGCGAUGGCUAAAUGCAGAUACAUUUCUGAGGAUGACAUUCUUAGUCCACUUCGUUUUGCAUUUCAGAGAGCUGCUAGGACAGAUCGUUCCGUAUCCGCAGCUCGCCAGAUGUGCUCGAUGCGGUUAGCACCAGAAAACCAUGAAUAUUUUCUAAAAACAGCCACUGAUAAAUUGAAUGCACAUUUACCUGAAGAAAUUCGGGUUUUGGGUGUUAGACGUGCAAUCCGUUCCUUCAAAGCUCAUAAGAAUUGUGAUAAACGAACUUAUUCUUAUACUUUGCCAACUUACGCAUUCGCCAGAGCACAUGAGUUGACAACCAGUGCCUUCCGCAUUAGCGAAACAUCUAUUGCUGAAUUGAAUGACCUACUUUCAUUGUACAAAGGGACGCAUAAUUUUUUCAAUUAUACUUCCGGAAGAAUCUACGAAGAUCGAAGCAACAUGCGAUAUAUACAUGACUUUAAAUGUGGUCCAACAGAACUUGUUGAAGAUGAAGUACGAGAUGAUAUGGUUGAAUUUAUUACUCUUUAUAUCACUGGACAAAGCUUUAUGCUGCAUCAGAUUCGGAAAAUGAUCGGGAUGACAAUAGCAGUUUUCAGAGGAUUAUGUGGUAAAACUGAGAUGGAAAAUACAUUUCUAAGUGAGCGAAUGGACAUACCAAAGGCACCAGGUCUAGGUUUAGUAUUAGACAAGGUGCACUACGAAAGUUACGAUAAGUGGUAUGAAAAAACACACGAAAGGUUAAAUAAUUGGGGUGAAGAAACUGAAACUAAGGCUGAUGAAUUUCGACAGCUUUACAUAAUUGCGGAAAUUUAUCGUCAGGAGCUUGCUACUCAUUCGAUGUUCUUAUGGUUAACAACCUUAAUAAGACAUGAUAUAAUGAUACCGGGAAUUACAAGGCAAUCACAAGAAAGAUCACCAUUGGGAUUAGCUUCCGAUCUUGCAUAUCAUGCAAAUGAGGAAUUAAAGAAAAUAAAAGAAAAAAAGGAAAGUCAGAUUUUCACUGACAGCGAGAAAGAACAAACAGAUGAUGUGGGAGAACUAAUGAAGAAGGAUUCGAAUUCAGAGUUAUUAGAAAAUUCAGAAGGAAGUUCCACAGACACAAUAGCUGUUGCUGGCACUUCUCCAAAAAAAUACUACACUCCAGAAAGUCCUGACACUUCCACUACAUCUCUCCUUUGA